GAUUGGAAUCUGACAUGGCACACAGAAAAUCCAGACUUCACCCAGUGCUUUCAGAACACAGUCCUGGCCUGGAUUCCUUGCAUUUACCUAUGGCUCUGCUUCCCUGUGUACUUCCUAUACCUUCGUUAUCAUGACAGGGGAUACAUACAAAUGUCAAACCUCAACAAAGCCAAAACGGCUUUGGGCUUAAUACUGUGGAUAGUCUGCUGGGCAGACCUUUUCUACUCUUUCUGGGAAAGAAGUCAAAAUAUUUUUCGAGCUCCAUUUUUUCUUGUUAGCCCUACAGUAUUGGGUAUAACAAUGUUACUUGCCACAUUUUUAAUACAAUAUGAAAGAAUAAAAGGAGUCCAGUCUUCAGGCAUAAUGAUGAUUUUCUGGCUCGUCUCUCUGUCGUGUGCCAUAGUGGUUUUUAGAUCCAAAAUAAUACAUGCCUUAAAUACGGGUGCUGAAGUGGAUGCAUUUCGUUAUGUUACCUUCUGCUUCUACUUCCUCCUGUUAUUUGUACAGCUCAUCCUGUGUUGUUUUCCAGAACGACCACCUUUGUUUUCUGAAACCGUAAAUGAUCCUAAUCCAUGUCCAGAGUUCAGUGCUUCUUUUCUCUCCAGAAUCACGUUCUGGUGGAUCACUGGGUUGAUGGUUCAGGGUUAUCGGAGACCUUUGGAAGCCAAGGAUUUGUGGUCGUUAAAUAAAGAGGACAAAUCGGAGGAGAUAGUGCCAGGUUUGGCUAGAAACUGGGCAAAAGAGUGGGCAAAGACCAAGAGGCAAUCGCUAAACAUGUUAUACUUGCCCAAGAAGCAGCAAAAAUCAAGUGACUCAAAUGGUGAUGUGACAGAAGAGGCUGAAGCUUUGAUUAUAAAACCGACUCAGAAGAGCUCUGAAGCGUCUUUAUUCAAGGUGUUAUAUAAAACCUUUGGACCAUAUUUUUUCAUGAGCUUCCUGUUUAAAGCUGCGCAUGAUCUCUUGAUGUUCGCAGGCCCAGAAAUUCUGAAAUUGCUAAUCAACUUCGUAAAUAACAAAGCUGCCCCAAACUGGCAAGGCUACUUCUAUACAGGGCUGCUGUUUGUUUGUGCCUGUCUCCAGACACUGAUUCUUCACCAGUAUUUCCAUAUUUGCUUUGUAACUGGAAUGAGGCUCAAAACAGCUAUUGUUGGUGUAAUUUAUCGAAAGGCACUUGUUAUUACAAAUUCUGCUAGAAAGACUUCUACUGUGGGUGAGAUUGUGAAUCUCAUGUCUGUGGAUGCUCAGAGAUUCAUGGACUUGGCUACCUAUAUAAACAUGAUUUGGUCUGCACCUCUCCAGGUGAUAUUAGCACUGUACUUACUCUGGCAGAAUUUAGGUCCUUCGGUGCUGGCAGGCGUGGCUGUCAUGAUCCUUCUGGUUCCGGUAAAUGCUGUGAUGGCGAUGAAGACAAAAACCUAUCAGGUGGCUCAAAUGAAGAGCAAAGACAACAGAAUUAAGCUGAUGAAUGAAAUUCUCAAUGGGAUUAAAGUUCUGAAACUUUAUGCUUGGGAAUUAGCCUUCAGAGAGAAGGUAUUAGAGAUCAGACAGAAAGAACUCAAAGUCCUAAAAAAAUCUGCUUACCUUGCUGCAACGGCAACCUUCACUUGGGUUUGUGCUCCUUUUCUGGUUGCCUUGUCCACGUUUGCUGUGUAUGUGACAAUAGACAAGAACAACAUCUUGGAUGCUCAGAAGGCAUUCGUUUCCCUAGCGUUAUUCAACAUCCUCAGGUUUCCACUGAACAUGCUCCCUAUGGUUAUCAGCAGCAUAGUAGAAGCCAGUGUCUCCUUGAAGCGCCUGAGGGUGUUCCUGUCUCACGAAGAGUUAGAUCCAGACAGCAUAAUCAGGGGUCCCAUCGCAGAGGCUGAAGGAAGCAUUGUUGUAAAGAAUGCAACAUUUAGCUGGUCCAAAAAUGAUCCUCCUUUACUGAACAGCAUUAAUUUCACUGUUCCUGAAGGCUCCUUGGUAGCUGUUGUUGGUCAAGUUGGCUGCGGAAAGUCUUCAUUGCUGUCUGCAUUGCUGGGGGAGAUGGACAAAAAGGAUGGCUACGUGGUUGUCAAGGGCUCAGUAGCCUACGUUCCUCAGCAAGCCUGGGUCCAAAAUGCAACUCUGGAAGAUAACAUUAUCUUUGGAAAGGAGAUGAAUGAGAGCCGGUACAAGUGUGUGAUUGAGGCUUGUGCACUGCUGCCCGAUAUAGAGAUUCUUCCUACGGGAGACAAAACAGAAAUAGGAGAAAAGGGCGUGAAUUUGUCUGGAGGACAGAAACAGCGAGUCAGUCUUGCUCGGGCGGUUUAUUGUAAUGCAGACAUCUACUUAUUUGACGAUCCUUUAUCAGCUGUUGAUGCUCAUGUUGGGAAACAUAUUUUUGAAAAAGUUAUUGGACCGAAAGGAAACCUGAAAAAUAAAACACGGGUUUUGGUAACCCAUGCAAUCAACUAUCUGCCUCAAAUGGACACAAUUCUGGUAAUGUCUGAUGGAAAAAUCUCUGAGAUGGGCUCCUACCAGGAGCUGCUGCAGCAAGAUGGGGCUUUUGCUGAGUUUCUUCGUACAUAUGCUAAUACUGAACAAAGCGUGGAGAACAGCGAUCCUUCGUUAGAAGGAACGAUUCAACCUCUGGAAACAGAUACAAAUAGUCCAUCUGGAAAGGAAGGAAAGCCUGUAGAAAAUGGAGUCCUUGUGAAUGAAGCCCCUGGAAAGUUGAUGCAUAGGCAACUCAGUAACUCUUCAACAUACAGCAGAGACACGGGGAAGCCACCGCACCAGAGCAGCACAGCAGAGCUGCAGAAGCCACUUGCUGAAAAGAAUUCCUGGAAAUUGACGGAGGCUGACACAGCGAAGACCGGGAGGGUAAAGGCAACAGUGUACUGGGACUACAUGAAAGCAAUUGGACUCUUUAUCUCUUUCUUGAGCAUUUUCCUCUUUAUGUGUAAUCAUAUAGCCUCCCUGGCUUCCAACUACUGGCUGAGUUUAUGGACAGAUGAUCCUGUUAUCAAUGGGACACAGCAGUACACAAAUGUCAGACUGGGAGUGUAUGGAGCACUGGGAAUUUCUCAAGGUAUAGCUGUGUUUGGCUACUCAAUGGUUGUGUCAAUAGGGGGAAUAUUUGCUUCGCGACACCUGCACCUUAACCUGCUGCACAAUGUCCUCAGAUCUCCAAUGAGUUUCUUUGAACGUACGCCCAGUGGAAAUCUGGUGAACCGUUUCUCUAAGGAGAUCGAUACCAUUGACUCCACCAUUCCACCAAUCAUCAAGAUGUUCAUGGGCUCCACAUUUAAUGUGAUUGGGGCUUGUAUCAUCAUUCUGCUGGCCACACCUAUAGCUGCUGUCAUUAUUCCACCUCUGGGACUUGUCUACUUGUUUGUGCAGAGGUUUUAUGUGGCCACUUCUCGCCAGCUCAAACGUCUCGAGUCUGUCAGUCGUUCUCCUGUGUAUUCUCACUUCAACGAGACCCUCCUGGGAGUCAGUGUCAUUCGAGCCUUUGAGGAGCAGAAACGUUUCAUAAAGCAGAAUGACAUGAAAGUGGAUGAAAAUCAGAAAGCUUAUUAUCCAAGCAUUGUUGCAAACAGGUGGCUGGCUGUCCGUCUGGAGUAUGUGGGGAACUGUAUUGUGCUCUUUGCAGCAUUGUUUGCAGUGAUCGCACGCAACAAACUCAGCGCAGGACUGGUUGGCCUCUCAGUGUCCUACUCACUGCAGAUUACAGCAUACCUGAACUGGCUAGUUCGCAUGUCGUCUGAGCUGGAAACCAACAUUGUUGCUGUUGAAAGAGUCAAAGAAUACGCUGAAAUGGAGAAGGAGGCGGAAUGGAGCAUUGAACAAACUGCCCCAGCCAGUACCUGGCCUGAGGAAGGGAAGGUUGAGUUUCGAGGCUAUGGUUUACGUUACCGGGAAGACUUGGAUUUGGUUCUGAAAAAUAUAAAUGUUACCAUAAAUGGGGGUGAGAAGAUUGGAAUAGUUGGAAGAACGGGAGCUGGAAAAUCCUCACUUACUUUAGGUUUGUUUCGGAUUAAUGAAGCAGCUGAAGGAGAAAUUAUUAUUGAUGGAAUUAAUAUUGCAAAGAUAGGGCUCCAUGACUUGCGGUUCAAGAUCACCAUCAUCCCACAGGAUCCGAUACUGUUUUCUGGCUCUCUGCGUAUGAACCUUGACCCUUUUGACCAACACUCCGAUGAAGACAUUUGGAGGUCUUUGGAAUUGGCUCACCUGAAAAACUUUGUAUCGUCCCUUCCUGAUAAACUUAAUCAUGAAUGUGCUGAAGGUGGAGAGAACCUCAGUGUGGGACAGCGCCAGCUGGUGUGCCUGGCACGAGCUCUGCUCAGGAAGUCCAAAAUCCUGGUUCUGGAUGAAGCCACAGCUGCUGUUGAUCUUGAAACAGAUAAACUUAUACAGUCAACAAUAAAGUCUCAAUUUGAAGAGUGUACUGUAUUAACUAUAGCACAUCGUCUGAACACAAUCAUGGACUACACAAGAGUUUUAGUCCUGGACAGAGGAGAAGUGGUGGAGUGUGGUAGCCCAGACCACUUACUUCAGGAAAAAGGCAUUUUCUAUAGCAUGGCCAAAGAUUCAGGCUUGGUGUAGCACUUGAACUUGGUUAAUUUGUAUUGGGAAGAGGGAGGCGAUGCAUUCGGAGAACUGUGACCUCCCCUGAGCUGGUGUGAACCGUACAGCUCCGUUUCAGACCUAGAGAAGUCAGCCAGAGCAUGGCAAUGGAAGUAACAUUAAAAUGCAAUUUUUGUUCUUUUUUCAUUCUCCUUAGCGUUGAUUUUAGCC